UUACAGCUCUAAAUUGCAUAAAGUCUACACAAACAGAAUUAUUUUCUCAGUCAGUUGCCAUAAGAGUUUGCUGUAAGUUGAAGGCUUACGAAGGCGAUUCAUAAAGCAUUAGCAGAACGUUUUUGAAAGUGUCAUCAUGCUGGAUUUCUAUUAUAUGCUCUACUCGGCGCCUUGUCGCUCCAUUCUGAUGACCGCCAAAGCUUUAGGGAUUGAAUUGAACAAAAAGCAGGUGGAUCUGGAUGCUGGAGAUCAUUUGAAGCCGGAAUUUGUGAAGAUUAAUCCACAGCAUACAAUUCCCACACUGGUUGAUGGCGACUUUGCACUGUGGGAAUCACGUGCUAUUCUUCUAUAUCUAAUGGAAAAAUACGGCAAGAAUAAUUCUUUAUAUCCCAAGGAUCCUAAGCAGAGAGCUUUGAUCAAUCAUCGUCUGUUCUUUGACUUGGGAACGCUCUAUCAGAGUUACAUAUAUUAUUACUAUCCCCAGUUGUUUGAGGAGGUCAAGAAACCAGCUGAUCCGGAAAAUUUUAAAAAGAUCGAUGAUGCUUUCAGUUCUUUUAACACAUUGUUGCAAGGUCAAAAGUAUGCAGCUGGUGAAAAUUUAACUGUUGCUGACUUUGCUCUUUUGGCCACUGUUUCCACCUUUGAGGUAACUGGAUACGUUUUUGGGAAAUACACCAAUGUCACCAACUGGUACGAAAAUGCCAAGAAGGAAAUUCCUGGAUGGAAUGAGAACUGGGAAGGCUGCUUGAUCUAUAAGAAGCUGUACCUGUCCCAACUUUAAGGAUAGCUU